GUCAAAGGAAGGGCACCUUGCUCUGCGCUGACGCAAACUCACUCUUUCCCAUAGAAGGUAUAGAAGCUUCGCUGCUGACAGAGGCGACUUCACUCUAAGGCUGCAGGCUUUCGUCUAGCAACUGCGACUUUGUCUUUCCUCAAUAUGGAUUAUGUGAAUGUAAUGGAUGGAACUAAGAAGACAAUGAACAGCCCAGAAGGUGCUGCCCCAGGACCCAUAGGUGCCGCCGGGAUUACAAGCCAUACCCCUGAUAAUGACCUACCCUUACAAGCCUCUUCCAAACUGGCCAGAUUGUCCCAAUCUACUUCUAACGACAGCAAAUUUGCCGCAGCAGAGGAACCCAAAGCCUGCGAUCUUGAGCGAUCCAGAAUCGGGGGGUCUUGUAAAAUGACUACCCCGGGGCACAGUAAUUUUGUGCUUAAGAGGGAUUCUGUGGAGGGUUGCCCAGCCAAGAAUACGUCUAUGGCAGACAGCAAUGGGCAGACCAACCCCCUGCACUGUAGGAUUGUGCCCCUCCAGAGUGCCGAGGGGGAGACCAACCAGGGAUUUGGGAAGAAUUCACUGGAACAGAAUAAUGCCAAGGGCGGCUGGGUGCCCAGUCAGAGCACGGUGGUACUGGGCACAGAUGGAAACACGUCUGUUUUCCCAGGGACUCUAAAUGGGGAUGAAGAAGGAGAUGAAAACAAAGCCAGGGGCAACUGGUCAAGCAAACUGGACUUCAUCCUGUCUAUGGUGGGCUAUGCAGUGGGUCUGGGCAAUGUGUGGAGAUUCCCAUAUCUGGCUUUUAAAAAUGGUGGAGGUGCUUUCCUCAUCCCCUAUCUUACUAUGCUGGCACUGGCAGGGUUGCCUAUCUUCUAUAUGGAGGUUGCCCUUGGGCAAUUUGCCAGUCAGGGUCCAAUCUCGGUGUGGAAAGCCAUUCCAGCCCUGCAAGGCUGUGGGAUCGCCAUGCUGAUCAUUUCCGUCCUCAUCGCCAUUUACUAUAAUAUCAUCAUGUGCUACACGAUAUUCUACCUAUUCGCUUCCCUCGUGUCUGUACUGCCCUGGGCGUCAUGCACUAACCCCUGGAACACUCCGGACUGUAAGGAUAAGGACAGACUCAUGUUGGAUUCCUGUAUCAUUGGUUCCCAACCCAACAUUCACAUCAAGAACAGCACCUUCUGUAUGACUGCCUACCCCAACCUGACUCUGGUCAACUUCACCAGCCAUGCCAACAAGUCCUUCGUCAGCGGGAGUGAGGAGUACUUCAAGUACAAUAUGCUGAAGAUUUCCGCCGGUAUUGAGUAUCCAGGCGAGAUCCGGUGGCCCCUGGCCAUUUGCCUUUUCUUGGCUUGGACCAUUGUCUAUGCCUCUCUGGCCAAAGGGAUCAAGUCAUCAGGAAAAGUUGUAUAUUUUACAGCCACCUUUCCUUACGUGGUGCUUGUUAUACUGCUCAUUCGAGGAGUGACAUUGCCCGGAGCUGGAGAUGGCAUUUGGUGGUUCAUUAUGCCGAAAUGGGAGAAACUAAUGGACGCCAUGGUUUGGAAGGACGCGGCGACACAGAUCUUCUUCUCUCUCUCAGCAGCGUGGGGCGGACUCAUCACUCUCUCUUCUUACAACAAGUUUCACAAUAACGUCUACAGGGACACACUGAUUGUAACAUGCACCAACAGUGCCACCAGCAUCUUCGCUGGGUUUGUCAUCUUCUCUGUCAUUGGAUUCAUGGCUCAUAUACUCAAUGUAGACAUAGAAAAGGUUGCAGACCAAGGUCCCGGUAUCGCCUUCGUUGUGUACCCUGAGGCGCUGACCAGACUCCCCCUCUCUCCAUUCUGGGCCAUUAUAUUCUUCCUGAUGCUUCUCACCCUCGGGUUGGACACAAUGUUUGCUACAAUUGAGACGAUUGUGACAUCAGUUUCAGAUGAGUUUCCAAAACUCCUGCGCCCCCACAAACCCCUCUUCACCUUGAUCUGCUGCGUCGCAUUUUUCAUUAUGGGCUUUCCAAUGAUUACGCAGGGGGGGAUCUACAUGCUCCAAUUGGUCGACAACUAUGCCGCCUCCUACUCACUGGUCAUAAUCGCCAUCUUUGAACUGGUCGGAAUUUCAUAUGUUUACGGGCUGCAGAGAUUCUGUGAAGACAUUGAAAUGAUGAUCGGGUUUCAGCCGAGCCGGUUCUGGAAGGUGUGCUGGGCCUUUGUCACCCCGACCAUUCUCACGUUCAUCCUGUGCUUCAGUUUCUAUCAGUGGGAGCCGAUGACUUACGGCAGUUACCAUUACCCCACGUGGUCCAUGGUCAUGGGGUGGCUAAUGUUAGCCUGUUCCGUCAUAUGGAUUCCGGUGAUGUUUGUGAUAAAGAUGUACCUGGCCCCCGGAACCUUCAUUGAGAGGCUCAAGUUGGUGUGCUCUCCUCAGCCCGACUGGGGUCCAUUCCUGGCCAAGCACCGCGGAGAACGCUACAAGAACAUGAUCGACCCCUUGGGCACCUCAUCCCUGGGACUCAAACUGCCACCUAAGGAUUUCGAGUUAGGCACCCAGUGCUAGUAGACCCUGUGUCUGUAGCCACCUACAAUUUUCUUUCCAUUCGUCCUCCAUUCACCAAUUUCUUCUGAUUUCCAGCGGUGCCGGUAGUUCCGUAGGAAAACAGUAGGUUCCCCUGUUGCAUGAUGAUGUAGCGAAUACCUAGAACGACCACUUCUGGCACCGUGUGCUUCCUCCUUUGUGCCCAUCCCAUAAACCCAUCAGGCUUAGUUACUACCGAUUCUUAAAUCCAUUUCUGAUUCCAAUGUAUUCAAGCCAGCGGCCCAUUCCACAUUGUGCAAAGAAUUAGUGGCUGGAUUAAAAAAGGCAAUCGUUAAGUGGUUGCUAUGGGUUACUGCCCAAGUGCACCCCAAGAUAAAUGCACCCCACUAUCUUGAAAUAAUUUCCUUAUUUUACUAUAUAAGGGGUACGCAGACAAAUUCACAACAUGGCAAAACUUAUGUGGACAGUCCCAAAAUGCCCCCAUGCAUAGAGCCAGGUCCUACAGAAUGGGUUUGCUCAGAUGGGAAGAACCUGACUGAGCCCUGGCCCCCAACCCAACUGACCCCUAUGGGA